AAUCAAAAUCGCGGUACUAUGAAAGUCGGGAAACGUUGUAAACAAAACCACAUGGAUUGAUGGAAUGCUCCGAGAGGACGUUUAAAUUUGAAGACAAUAAUAGUAAAGAAAGUGAAAUUAUAAUCGUUACAGAGGUGCUUCAAGCAAGCUAUGGUUUGUAUGUCUGGCCCUCGGCUCCAGUCCUUGCUCAGUACAUAUGGUUCAACAGAAAUAAGGUCAAAGGGAAGAAUAUUCUAGAGCUUGGGUCAGGGACAUCUCUACCUGGGAUCUUGGCAGCGAAAUGUGGAGGUCACGUCACACUGAGUGAUAGCGAAGACUUUCCACAUUGCUUGGAGAAUUGCAGAAAAUCAUGUGAGGCCAACAGACUGCAGAACAUUCCAGUUAUAGGAUUAACAUGGGGCAAGUUCAAUGAUGCUUUACUUGACUUGCCAGCUGUUGACAUCAUUUUAGGCUCCGACUGCUUUUAUGACUCCAAAGACUUUGAAAACAUAAUCGUAACCGUGAGUUACUUGAUCAAACAGAACAAUAAUGCAGAAUUUUGGUGCACAUAUCAAGAGAGAAGUUCUAACAGGACAAUAGAUGUACUGCUAUUGAAAUGGGGACUUGAGUGUGAAUCAAUUAGCCUGGAUUCCUUUGAGGCAGACAGCCCAGCAUUAUGUGGAUCCAGUCUACCAGGAAACCAUACAAUCCACAUGUUUAUCAUCAGAGCCAGUACAAGGUCAUCAGCAAAAUAAUGGAACCUCAGGGUUAUUGUCAGGGUGAAAGGAUGCCAUAUCCACCUCCUAGCAAUCACUGUGCAAUAUUGAAUAAAAAUACAAAAAGGAUUUAUAAUAAAAUGAACUUUCUAAUAAAGUUGAAAACUGUUGA